AUGCCACCCCGAGGCAGAGCGAGUCCAAAAUCAAAGCAUAUCGGGACAUGGGUUGUUCCUAACACGCCACCCCGAAGGCAGAACAACCCGUCCACGGAAUGCCCUCUGGGGCAAGACUCGCUCAUAAAACGCCACCCUGAGGCAGAGCGAGUCCAAAAUCAAAGCAUCUCGGGACAUGGGUUGUUCCUAACACGCCACCCCAAAUGCAGAACAACCCGCCUGCGGAAUGCCCUCCAGGGCAGGAUCUCGCUCAUAAAACGUCGCCCCGAGACAAAGCGAGUCCAAAAUCAAAGCAUCCCGGGACAUGGGUUGUUCCUAACACGCCACCCCGAAUGUAGAACAACCCGCCCACGGAAUACCCCCUGGGGCAAAAUCUCGCUCAUAAAAUGCCACCCCGAGGCAGAGCGAGUCCAAAAUAAUAGCAUCCUGGGCAUGGGUUGUUCCAAACACGCCACCAUGAAGGCAGAAGAACCCGCCUGCGGAAUGCCCUCCGAGGGCAGGAUCUCGCUCAUGAAAUGCCAGCCCGAGGCAGAGCGAGUCCAAAAUCAAAGCAUCCAGGAUCCAGGGACAUGGGUUGUUCCUAACACGCCACCAUGA